UACAGGUACCAUUCAAGUUCAAGAUCUGGGCAAUCUUUUCAUUUAUUGAAAUGAGAUUUAAAGGCUAUAAAAGUGCUGAAUUAUUAAAGUGCUGGUCCUUCCAACCAAGGACUUUGAAUUUGAUGCGUCAAUUCUCUUUAUCACAAGCAAGAGAAUAAAUAUAUAGUCAAGUCAUGAUGGCCAGGUCAAUCUUCUCUGUUUGUGUCUGUGUGCGAGUCAGAGGUUUCUGAUCUCAGCUCAUAUUCAAAGACGAGAAGGCACUUUAGACCUCAAGAUUUUAAUAUCACGUUUGAAGCAAAAGGCCAACUGCUGUUAGCCAAAACACUAAAUCUCAGAAAACCCAAAACUCUGUUUGCUUCCAAAAUCCUUAGAAAUCAAGACAAUGACUUCUAAGGAGGAGCUUGAAGUUGGGGAGGCAGGUGAAUCAGAUGAUAGCCAAAUGCCGGAGCAGUUUCCGAUGACGGCUACUGAAUCAUAUGUUCUCCAGAACCAGAAUGGCAGAAGCAGCCGAGGAGAACCAGAGCUGCAGAAGAAGCUGAACAAGUUGAGAUCAAUCAAGCUCGGAAAAUCGCCUUCGAGAAAAAGAUCUAAGCGCAGAUCGAAUGAUGCAACUGCAGAUGAUCCACAGAGUUCGGCUAGAGUAUUGGUAAGGAGGUCUAGUUUUAAGCCUGUAAACAAUUUAACAAGAAUGUCAAGCGUAAAAUUCAAGAACCCUUUGGUGAGGAAGAGCUCCGGAGGAGCCCAACUGAAUCACCUGAACAAGUACAGAUCAUCAUCAUCAUCACCAAACUUUUUGAAGGAGACCUGCUGCUCCAUUGAGAAAAGGACGCAGUUUCAGGGUAGUCCCCGCUUUUCUUCGGAAUCAAGUUAUUGCAGCACUAGUAAUUCAACGCCAAACUCUGCUCACAAGUCAGCAAGACUGUCCAGAACAAAAUCCAAGACUCGUGUGCUUCGGAACAGGUCUGGAAUGUCUGAAUCUCCAGACUUGGGGGUGCAAAGAGCUACAUGCUCUUCGGCUCUCAAGCAUUCCAAGUCCCCUCCUGAGGUGAAGGAUCUUCAUGCAGAAGGAAGUGAAUCUGAAGGAGCUUCAGCCACCAUGCCUUGUCCAUUCACUUAUUGUUCUCUUCAUGGUCAUCGCCACGCCACUGUACCUCCACUCAAGAGCCUCAUUUCGAUAAGGAGGCGCUUGUUGAAGACUCAGAAUGGACUGAAACAGACAACUCGAUCCCCACGUAGAGCGAAAAAGUCUGGCAAAAUUAAGGAAGAUGAGAUGAAUCAAAUGGUCAGCAUUGGAGACGACGAAGUUCAUGGAACAACUUCUGUUUUGGUGGAAAAAUUGGGCCCAGAAGAGCUUUUACAAGUCCUUGAUGAAACUUGCAGCAAAGAUAAAGACAACUAUGAUCUUUCCAACGUUUCCAAGAAGCUGUUUGGUGAAGCUUCGGAGGAGAGUGUGCAAGAAACAAGUGAUCUUGCCACAGUAGAACAACAUGCUUUGGUGUCACCCCCAUCACUUGGUGAUUUAUGUCCAGAAGGUUGUUGCAUCGGAACAGCUUCCGAAGUCACCAAUACAGACAUAAAAGAAGAGAAAUGUCUAGCAUCUUGUCACAAUGAAGGUGUUGAUAUCACUUGCACUGAUAAAUUGAACAGCAGCAGUCCUAAAUCAAUUCCAGAAGAUGUGGAAUCUGUUGUUUGCACUACUGUCAAACUCCCUGAUGAAGUUGUGGAAUCAACAAGUGACAAUGAAAGCCAUGAAAACAAUUGUGCUUCUGGUUGUGAGCCACCAGAGGAACAAACAGCCAUUGAGCAAAAAUAUGGAAGUUUGGUGACAGACAAAAGUGGUAGUGUGGAGUUGGACAAAAAUGAAGGUGCGGAGUGUGGUAUGCAGGCGAAAAAUCACAAGUAUAUUACUAUGUGGAAGUUGAUGUACAAACAUGCAGUGAAGGGUAACACAGCAGAUGUUGGAAACCCUCUCCCUCUUCAUGGAGAUCCAGUAGAAGGUACCACUGGCGUGCUUGAAACUGACAAUUCAUCAUUUCCUGAAACAGAUGAGCAUACAGCUUCGACAAAUCACAGUGCAGGAGACCAAGAACUUGAGCUCUGUCAGCAAAAUGCCAUUGACCUAGUCCAGGAUGCAUUUGAUAAAAUUCUUCUCCCAGAAGUUCAGGACAGCUCAUAUGAUGAUCAAUCAGUUACUAGUGACAUAAACUCAGACCAGGAAGGAUUGCAGCUGAGGAAGGAUGAAGGAGGGAAGCAUAGAACCUUAACUUCUGGUGAUUCUUCAGAGGACAGAAUGGUACAGAAUCCAGAAGAAACACAGUCGGAAGCUGAAAACAGCAAUGCUCCCAAAGAGAAAGUAGUGGAAGACAAGUUGGAACAGAACACGCCCAAGCGCUGGAGCAGUCUGAAAAAGUUUAUUCUUCUCAAGAGAUUUGUCAAGGCAAUUGAAAAGGUGAGGAACCUCAGUUACCGGAAGCCACAUUACCUACCCUUGGAUCCUGACCCAGAGGCAGAAAAAAUUAAUCUACGGCGGCAGGAAAUUGAUGACAAAAAGAGUGCUGAUGAAUGGAUGCUUGAUUACGCACUUCAAAAGGUGAUAUCUAAGCUACCUCCAUCUCAACAAAGAAGAGUGGCAUUACUUGUAGAAGCUUUUGAAACAGUUCUCCCUUUCCCUGAUAUUAGAACUGACCAGAGGUCCAAAUCAAUAGAUUCGACUGCAGCAGAUCUUCAAGCCUGCAAUGGCUUGCCAGUUCAAAAUGCUGAUGAAACUGGUAAAGAGAGUGAUUCUGGAACUUCUGCCAAAAUCUUGUUUGGGAGUAUGUCAUGUCCUGAAGAAAAUUUAAGUAAGUGUACAGAUAAGUUCAUUGAUGUUAAAAUGGAUCAACAGCGAAGUCCAGUUAAAUCUCUUAUGCUCAAUGAAUCAAGUGCAGGAGACUGUUCCACUAAAACAGAAGUCGAUAUACCUGCUUUUGGAGCCACGGAUGAGGACCAGCAGGGGACACAUGUUUAUAUCAAGAAUGGUGAUGGGGAGGAGACAGUCUUUUCCAUUGACCAUACAGAGUUUCCCAAUGUUUCUUCAUCAGAAAGUAAAGAUCCCCAGUUCUGUAAAGGAACCUCUUUGAAGCAAGAGGAAGAUGGUAGCACCAGUUAUGAAGUUCUCGAAAACGAAAAAGUGCAAGAGACCCCAACAGAACAUACUUCACAUAUUUCUGUCAGUAGUUUGGAUCGUGGAAAUAUGAAUUCCGAUGUGGAAAGCAGCAAUGGUGCAGAAUCAGAUUUGUGUGAGAAAACGGGGGUCUCUUUAGCUCCCAUAAGGUACCCUGAGGUGCCAAUGGUAGCAACAGAAGGAUCAAAUGGAGGAGGAACCAGUGCAAAAUCUGGAUUCUUUCAAGGAUCCUCUCCACCUGAAGAGUCUCAUUCGGAGAGCAAUGCUGAUGUAACGCAUGUCACUCAGUUGGAAAAACAGAACUACACAAGGCUAUGGUACUUUGUAUAUAAGCACAUGGUAUCAAGCAUUGCUGAAAAAGAUGGAGAUGAAGCACAUGAUGGUGCAGAUGAGGAACAAGGAAUUGACACCAACACAUUGCCUCGAGCAGAGGUGGAUCGAGAGCUGAGCUUGACAAAUCAGCAUGCAGACAACAAAAAGAAUGAACUCCGCCGUAUUGAAACUGUCAAAAUGGUGGAGAAAGCAAUUGAUGAAAUACUUCUUCCAGAAAACCAGGAUGAAUCAGAAGACGAUCAAUCAAACAACAGAGACUUAAUUUCAGACCAGGAACCACCAGAAAAUAAAGUUGGCAUAGAAGGAAAAUCUUUCGCAACUUUUUCCUACUUUGCCAAAGAUAGCUUCAGAGAGUCCAAAAAGAAAGCAGGGGAAGAUCCAAAACAAAUAUUGCUCAAAUCUGAUAAUGCUGUCAUUGAGGAUGUAGAGAAGGAAGUGCUGAUGGUAGAAGAGAAACCUAAACAGAAAAUGUCAAAGAACUGGAGAAAUCUGAAGAAAAUGAUUCUGCUUAAUAGGUUUAUCAAGGCAUUAGAGAAAGGAAAGAAGUCCAACCCACGAGGGCCAAAAUAUCUGCUCUUGGAGCCUGACCCCGAAACAGAAAAAGUUAAUCUAAAGCAUCAAAACAUGGAUGAGAGGAAGAAUGCUGAGGAGUGGAUGCUUGAUUAUGCACUUCAAAAGGCUGUUGCUAAAUUAACUCCAGCUCGGAAUAGAAAAGUAGCACUGCUUGUUGAGGCUUUUGAAACAGUUAUUCCAAAUAAUGGAAUCCCAAACCCGUUCAAGCCAGAAGUCAUUUGCUAAGGUAUAACAAACUUGAGGAGGCUAUUUGGUUGGAGAAACCUCAGUUGAAUUGCUAAGCUAUUGUUUAUAUCAUUCGAAUGGCAGAAGUAUAGGGUAUUAUAUAAGUCUAUCUUAUAAGGAAGUAUUGAAGAUUGCAAACAAAAUUUGUUUCUUUGGUAUUUUGCCUAAUGCCCUAGAUUUUGUAUUUGCUUCUUC